AUGCCAGUUCCAAAUAGUACUUUAAUCAAAACAGAAACUGAAUUAGAGAGAUUACGUUUAGAAGAAUCAUGGGAACGUAGAAGACUUGAAAAUGAAGAAAGAAGAAGAAUAGCUGAAAGUCAAAGAGUUGGAAGUUUAUUUGCACAUCCGUUUUGGACUGCAUUUUCAGAUAUUGGACCAAUUGCUAAAUGUUUGGAUGAAUGGUUAAUCAUUGAAAUAUCAUGGACAAUUAGAAGUAAACCAAAUUGGGAAUCAAAGUACAAAACUCCUGAAAUUAGACUAAAAUGGGAAAAUGAAAUUAAAGAGCAAUGUAAAGAUAAAACCAAAUUUAUUGAUGAAGUAAUUGAAUAUGUGUUUAAAGAAAUAGAAUGGUAUGAUGAAACUCAAAAUAAUUUACAAACUUUUAAAAUUGGCUGUGAAGAUAAAAUUGUUUAUUCAGAUCAAGUAAUCGAUAAAUCAUGUAAAGAUAAAUUUCGAAAAAAAGUUGAUGAAUUGGUUGGUUCAUUAAUUGAUUUAGAUUAUCAUCCAGGCUCUAAUAAUCAAGUUAUUGACAUUGUUCAUCCAUCAUUAUUUCCUUUACAAUAUGGUGUUACUCCGAUUAUUAUUGAUAAUCUUGAAAUUGUGGAAUAUCAUCCAAGAGUUCAAAAUGCAAAACCUGCAGUUGCUGAUUUUGGUGUUUCAAAGAAUUAUCAAUGGCUACCGGCUUUACUUACUUAUGAUGAUGGGUUCAAAUUCAAAUCAUAUAUUAAUAACUUACAUCCUUUCAAGCAUAAACAAUUAUAUACUUCAAUUGAAUCAAUUUUCAACAGAAUUAUUCCAGGGUUAAAUUAUACUUUAUCAAGAUAUGCAUCAGAAGAUUUUAUUCGUAUUCCAAUUCCAACAUAUUUAGAUGCUUAUAAUGAAGAUUAUGAAAAAGAUCGUGAUGCAUUAGAAGAAUUGUUAGAUAAAGAAGCUGAAAAAACUGACGAGGGGUUUGAUUAUGAUAAAUUUGAUGAAUUUGAACAACAAAAAAUUAAAUAUUUAAAAGAAUUUAAACCAUCUUGGUCGGUUCCAAAUAUAAAUAAAUCAAUUGAUUUAAAAACAUUUAAAAAUUUAAAAGUUAUUGUCAAGUUAGCUAAUAUUGAAUUAACUCCUGAUAGUCCAAAAUAUAACGGUGGUUCAUGGCAUGUUGAAGGUACCAUAAAUGAAGAUAUAAUAGCAACCGUUUUAUAUUAUUAUGAUUGUGAAAAUAUUUCAGAAUCAAGACUUUCAUUUAGAACUGGUUUUGAAGAUCCACAAUAUGAGCAAGGUGAUUCUACAUACGCUGAAGCUAUAUUUGGUAUUAAAGAUGAAGAUUUAAUGGUUCGUAAUAUUGGAAGUAUGCAAGCUCAAGAAGAUAGAGUUUUAGUUUUCCCAAAUAUGUUUCAACAUCACGUUGAUCCAUUUGAAUUAAAAGAUAAAUCUAAACCAGGUCAUAGAAAAAUUUUAUGCUUUUUCAUUUGUGAUCCAUUUAAUAAGUAUAUUGUAAGUUCAGAUAACGUUCCACCUCAACAAAAAGAAUGGUGGGAUGAUGAAUCGUUAGGUUAUUUAUAUCCUGGAAACAUUAAACAAGAAAUAUUAAAUUUAAAGGAUAACCGAUGGCCAAUAACAUUAAAUGAUGCUAAAAUUGUUCGUGAAAAGUUAAUGGAAGAAAGAUCAUCAGAGAAAAUUCAAGGUGAUGAAGAUGAUAUGCCAGCUUUUAAUAGAUUAUUUUCAUUGUGUGAACAUUAA